AUGCAGAGCUAUUUCCAGCACGGAGGCUACAGUACCUGGAUGGUCGCUCAUUCAACCCUCAUGAUCCUCGCGUGGGCGUUCGUGAUGCCUUUGGCGAUCAUGCUGAGCAUCGCUCGCUCGCGGUGGCAUCUCCCUGCUCAAGGGUUAUUUCACACGAUCAACGGAUUGGGUGUGCUCACCGGUUUCGUCUUCAAUCACGCUACGCCGGAUCUUUACGAGGGCAAUGCCCACCACCCGCUCGGCUGGGUGUUGACUUGGUUCACGGUGGCUUGGACGGUCAUGUCGGUGUACACGGCGUUGGGUGCGCGCGCGGGGAAAGAGCAUAGUCCCACGCAAAUGGGAAGAGAGGCGCCUGCAUCGAACGCGGCGCAGCAUGGAUACUUCUCGCAAUACAACGACGAUGUCUCGCCGACACGCAUGUCGCGAGACUCGGGCUUGGGCAAUUCCCGGCAGAACUCGCAAGAUUCCAUUCUUCAGAAGAAAGAGCAGACCUCUCCGUUGUACCCACUCGCCGAAGAUGUGGACCUUGAUGAUGAGGAGAAAUACGCUGCGCCCGAGACGCGCGGGUUUCUGGGUCUCGGCCGUGCACAGGUCAGCGACUCGGGUCUUUUGCGAAAGUCUACUCAGCGUCUUACAACGAUUGCGAGGACGGUUCAAGUCAUUCUGGAGAAGACCAUGCUCUUGCUGGGCUUCACAGCCAUCGCCACUGGCUUCGUCGUCUACGGUGGCAUUUUCCGGGACCUCCAGGUCUUAUCCGGGCUGGCCCACUAUAUCAAGGGCGCUAUUUUCUUCUUCUACGGGCUUCUGACUCUUGGAAGAUGGAUGGGAGCCUUUGCCGAGUUCGGAUGGGCGUGGAAUCUGAGACCAAGCCAUCCCGCAGUGGCGAAAUGGAAGGCGCGAAUUCCUUCGGCCGAGUUCGUCGAGUCGUUCGUCAUUUGGCUGUAUGGCGUCAGCAAUGUCUUCCUCGAGCGACUUGGGAGCGACGAUUCGAGUUGGUCGCCGCAGCAAUUGGAGCAUGUCAGCAUCACGGUUUUGUUCUUCGGUGGUGGCUUGUUCGGGAUGAUGAUCGAAUCCUCAUGGGCUAAGGAGUUGAUGAGCGCAACUGUCUUCCAUCAAAAAGACCGGAGCGCCGAGCGGGAGCAAUGGGAGCAGCCUCACUCUUACCGCGUCUCGAUGAACCCCAUGCCAGCGUUGACAAUCAUGUUAUUAGGCAUGAUGAUGUCGUCGCAUCACCAGGCGAGCAUGGUCAGCACAAUGUUACACUCACAAUGGGGCGGGCUCUUUUCGGCAUUUGCCAUGGCCAGAGGUGUCACAUAUGUCAGCAUGUACCUCAAACCUCCCACUUCCCAUUUCGCCGGUCGACCGCCGAGCGAGAUUGUCGCGGCAUGGUGUUUGACUUCCGGAGGAUUGAUCUUCAUGAACAGCGCGUCAGAUAGUGUCUGGUCGAUCGAAUCGAGUGGUCUCGAUGCGAUGACCGUCUUCACCAUCACCAUGGGCGUGACAGGUAUCCUCUUGGCGUGGGAAGUCAUCGUCUUUGCCAUCAAGGGCUGGGCGGUUCGAAAGGAGGGCGGUAAGCUCUGA